GUCCCCGCCGCCGCUCUCGCGAGAGCCGCGCCCGGAAGCGGCGCUGCCGGCGCUGAGGGCCCGGCCGCCAUGGAGGCCCCGCGGGCGCCGCGGCUCCCGCUGCUGCUGCUGCUGCUGCUGCUGGGGCUCUGCGCCGCCGAGAUCCAGCAAACGGAGAGCAACGGAUCCGGCACAGCGCCUGGGAGAAGCGGAGCAGCCGGCAGCCCGGAGCACACGAACGGAAACGAGCGCACGGACGGCGGUAACUCCAACAACGGCAACCCCAAAAUAGAGCAGAGCGGCGGGAGGAGCGUGGAUGAGACCACAAACCGACAGCAGGACAGCAAUCCCGCUGGAAACGGUGCCAGCGGCGACAAGAAGGAGAAAAACGAGUCACAGCAGGGCAGCAACACGGGGGGUGCUCAGCCGGGCCAAAGUGCAAGUGGCAGUGGUGGAAGCAGCAAUGCAGCAGGCGGGGGACAGGGAGCUGUGAGCCAGAACGGCGGCAAGGCAGGCAGCGCUGGCCAGGACAGCACAAACGGUGCCCCUGGCAGCCAGGGCGGUGCAGGGAGCAGCACUGGUGGGGACAGGGGCAGUGCAGGCAGUGGCACUGACGGCCAGGGCAGUAAAGACUCCAGCACUGCAAACGCAGGCAGCCCAGGCGGUGCAGGGAGCAGCACUGGUGGCCAGAGUGGCAGCCAGAACAGCAACAACGAGCAGAGCAGUGCCAGCAGGGACGGCCAGAGUGGCAGCCAGGCGGGGGACACUGGGAAUGGGAACGGCCAGGAGGGCCAGGGCAAGGGCAGGGGUGACGAGGAGAGCGAGAACACGAACGGCAGCACCAACCAGGGCAGCAACAGCCAGGACAACAGCAACAACCAGGGCACCAACCAGGGCAGCAACACCCAGGACAACAGCAAAAACAACCAGGGCACCAACCAGGGCAGCAACACCCAGGACAACAGCAACAACCAGGGCACCAACCAGAACAGCAACACCCAGGACAACAGCAACAACAACCAGGGCACCAACCAGGGCAGCAACACCCAGGACAACAGCAACAACCAGGGCACCAACCAGGGCAGCAAUGGCGUGAGCAGUGAGAACACAAAUGAUGGCAACACCCAGAACAGCAACACCCAGAACAACGGCAACAAGCAGGGCAGCAGUGACAAGAACAGCAAUGGCAAGGACAGCAAGAACACAAAUGAGGGCAACAAGCCAGACAGCAGCAACAAGGACCAGAGCACCAACCAGAACAGCAACACCCAGGACAGCACCAACCAGGACCAGGGUGGCACCAGCCCGGGCGGAGGUGGCGGGAGCAGGGCUGGCAGCGGGGCCAGCAGCCAAGGCUGGCAGCAGGCCCAGCCCGAGAGCCAGGGCAGCGCUGCUGGCGAGCAGCCUCACGGCCAGGAGGGCACACAGAGCUCCCGGGAGGAGCAGAGCCCUGGCUCGCAGCCCGCUGCAGGGGGGGACAGCUUGGAGAACGAAGAGAGCGCCGUGGAGGAGGCUGGCAAGGCCGAGGAGGGCAGUGACAGCUCCGUGGGCCAGGACAGGGAGAAGAACGUUCCCUCCCUGCCCAGGGCCCGCUCGGAGAGCAGCCACUUCUUUGCCUACCUGGUGACCUCAGCUGUCAUUGUGGCAGCCCUGUACGUGGCCUACCACAACAAACGCAAGAUCAUUGCCUUUGCUCUGGAAGGAAAGAGAUCCAAAACUGGUCGGCGGCCCAAAUCUGGUGAUUAUCAGAGACUGGAUCAGAAGAUCUAGGUUGCUCCUCAGAUGCUGGCGGGGAUGCAGUGCUGCCACGGCUGGAUUCCAGUCCACGGGAAGGAGGGGAAACGCUUUCUGUUUCGCACCUGCACCUUGAUAAAGCCUCUCACUUCCCCAAACUGCUCCUUUCCCAGCUGCCUUGUUUUCCCCCUGGCUGCUGGAAAAGCCAGACUCGUGUGUCCCAGUGCAAUGGAAUUUGCCAUCUGCUGGACUGACCCCUCCUUUCGGGGGGGGAAAUUCAGGAUCUGCUGCACAUUGAGCCAUGGGACUGUCCCUUGCCUGGGAACGAAGCUGCCUUGGCCUCCUCCUGCCCCUCCUUCUCCACGGCUGGGUUUGGGUGCUCAGGCUGGGAGCACGUGAGUUCUCUUGUUUGGCAUUGACCCAGCACAGACUCAGAGCUGGGUUUUCUCUCCCUGCUCUGGGUUUUCUCUCCCUGCUCAGAUUGGGGUUUUCUCUCCCUGGUCAGCUUCCCAGUCUCACACCCAGGUUCCCUUUUCCACACACACCUCUGGCCGUGCUGAAGCAGCUUUUGUAGCUCCAGCCCUUCGUGCUGCGUGCAGGUCUCUUCCCUGCCAGUGCUCCCAGUUCAGCGUUUGCACUGGGGGUGUUGGUGGUGGAGGGGAGGGGGUCAGGCUGGGCAGUCCGUGCCCUGCAGGGUCAGGGAUUCAGGUGGGAAGAUUGCUUCCUGCCCUUGUCAGGUGUAGGAAGGAAGGAAGGAAAAUCCCUGAGGAGUUUGGGGUGAGGGAGGCUCCCAGUGCCUCCAGUGCUGGGCUGGUGCUGGUCAGCCCAAGGGCUGGUGCUCCACUUGCACCUCUGAGCUGUUUCCAUUCCUGCAGCUCUGCUCCCCAGAGGUUUCCUCAAGCUGGGAUGUUUCUGGAGAGGGCACAAAGUACCUGCUUGGCUCCUGCUUUGGGUUUUUCCAGAAGAAAAAAAGGAUUUGAGGAGCCCAGAGCUCCUCAGGUGGGCACCCAGCUGAGCCACGUCAGGUGCCAGGCGUGUGCCAGUCCUGCACUUGGAGUCCCAGGACGGUUCAGUUCCCUCCUGGGGGCUUUUCUCUGCCCUUGCCCGGCUUGGAACAAUCAGCUCCUUGCCCUGUGCUCCCCUUGGACAGGGGCAGAGCUGUUUCCUGCUCACUGUGAAAGCCGCAGCUCUAGUUCUGAUUCCUAAUGGUUCAUUCCAAGAGGGGAGAGGGGGCUUGGCCUUCUCCAAACCCUAAAUCCAUCCUUUCCCUUUCUGCUGGCUCUCGGCAAGCGGGAGAGUCCCCCUUGGCCUUGAAGAGUUCUCAGGGUUUUCCUAGGAAACAUCCAGGAUGCUGAAAGCGCUUCCAGGAGUUGUUUGGAGGGUGGAGGGAGGGAGGGAAGGGGAGCCAGGGCUGGGAGUGCAGCUCUGGGAGGAAGGGUGGGAAGCUGCUGCCCCAUCACCCUGCUGCAGGGCCCCUGAGGGGUCUGGGGGCUGCUUUGGGGGGACCCUGGCUUUUGCACACUGCAGGGAGACAAGCCCUGUUCCAGUGUCUGGGCUCCCCUGUGCUCCCGGGCUGCUCUGGCCAGGCUUUUUGGGGUGUGUGUGCUUUCUGAGUGUGAGUGCUCUACGCUUGCUCUGUCCUGGUUUGUGGUUUGUUUUUGGUUUUUUUAAUUGAACAAUAAUUUAGAAAGGCUUUUUAUUUUUUCACCAUCUGCUUACUUUUCUGUCCUGGGAGCUGUUUCAGACCCUCUCUUGCCCCAGGCUGUGGGAAUCCUGCUGCCAGCAGGGCAGGGAGUGUUCUGCACCUCCAGCCCCUGGGUCCCGGGCUGAGCCAGGCAUUCCUCAGGGCACCGAGGUCCCACCUCAGGGGUCUGGGCAAGGCAGGGCUCACUCCAGCUGAACUGGGGGGUUUGCCCCCCGAAUCCCCCCACCAGCCCUUGCUGAGUCUGGUGUGUUCUGCCAGCAGCCUGGGCUGCCCCAGAGCCCGGGGACUGCUCCCAGUUUGCUGAGUUUGUGGUGUUUGUGCCACGUGUCCCACAGGGAUCAACGUGCACAGAACCUUUUCCCUUUGGACACACGUGUUUUCCAUGGAUGCUGUCUGUUGGCACAGAGGGUUUUUUUGCCAAAUAUUCCUACUUUUGAGGCUUGGACCAGCACAUGAUUUGUUUUCUGCUGCAGUGCAAUGCACCUUGCUUGGAAGGAUCAGAAUUUUUUACAGUUCUUUGUACUGUUUUUUUUUUUAAUUUUCUGUGUGGUGAAAUCAGUAAAUGGAUUAAAAAAGACCCAAAAGGUUGAGUUUUCACUUC